AUGCGGAGAUUUGGAAGAUUUUUCUGCGAUUCUGUAGCUUCGAAGACAGCAACAGCCCCUCAGAAUCACGCAUUGGUUGACUCUUUUGGUCGAUUUCACAGUUACCUUCGUAUUUCUCUGACCGAGAAGUGCAAUUUGAGAUGUAAGUUUAAAUUUUUUAUAUUAUCUAUCAAAAUUUAGGUACCUAUUGUAUGCCAGAAGAUGGAGUAGAGCUUACUCCUACACAAAAAUUACUGACUAAAGACGAGAUUAUAAAACUGGUAAAACUUUUUGCUCAAAAUGGAGUCGAUAAAGUUAGACUGACAGGUGGAGAACCGACAAUCAGAAGAGACUUGGAGGAAAUAAUAAGAGAAAUAAGGGAAACAAACAUGAUAAAGGAGAUCGGAAUCACUUCAAAUGGGAUUGUACUGAAAAGAAAGCUCAAGAAUCUUGUGGAUGCAGGAUUAAAUCGGAUAAAUCUGAGUUUGGAUACAUUAGAUGAGAACAAGUACAUGAUAAUUACAAGAAGGAAUGGAUUCAAGAAAGUCAUGGAGGCCAUCGAAGAAGCGUUGCCUCUAUUUGACCGAGUCAAGUUGAAUUGUGUGGUGACCCGGGGAGUAAAUGACAUGGAAGUUGUCGAUUUUGUGGAGAUGACUAGGGAUAAAGUAAGGUGUCUAGUGUAUUAUAAUUUUUUUUAGAACCUGGACAUUCGUUUUAUCGAAUACAUGCCCUUUGGGGGGAAUAAUUUCAAUUCGAAGAAGAUGGUCUCCUUCAAAGAAAUGAUGAUCGGCAUCUCUAAGAAAUACGAUCAAGUGAUCAGAUUGAAAGAUAAACCAAAUGAUACUAGUAAAGUAAGUUGCGAUAAGUGUUGUCAUUUCUGAAUAUAGGCAUUCCAAGUCAAUGGAUUUAAAGGUCAAUUUGGGUUCAUAACAUCCAUGUCCACUCCAUUCUGUAGUACUUGUAAUCGACUUCGAAUCACCGCCGACGGUAAUCUCAAGGUCAGAGAUAACUACUAUUUAAUGUUUUUAUAACUUUAGGUAUGUCUUCACGGAAAUACAGAAGUCAGUCUGAGAGAUUGCCUGAGGGCAGGAGCUUCGGACGAGGAGAUUCUGGAGGUGAUUGGGGCGGCAGUAUUCAAAAAGAAGGCCGCUCAUGCCGGUAAGGGACUAGUUCUAUUCAUGCUUUUUUUAAUGAUAAUAUAGGGCGUGUGUGUGCUACUUCAGUUCCGCACAAAACCUUGAUUUCUUGUCUGUGAGCCCGCUAGACAAGAAAUGAGAAAUUUUUGUCUAUGUGAUAUUGUAUUUUUUCAGGCAUGGAGGUCCUCGCCAAACAGCCAAACCGUCCAAUGAUUACAAUUGGGGGCUAAUGUUAGAUACUAAUAGUAAGUGAUAGACAUUGCUCUCGGACCCGCCCGCGGCCGGAGGGGGUCGAAUUGGCCCCUGACUUCCAUCGUGGGCCCGAUGGAAGUCAGGCACGGCCCGGUUAGGCCCGCUAGUGUAUUCUACCAUAACCAAAAUUGGUAAACUAGCCAAACACUCCAAAAAAUUUUAAAAAAUAAAAAACGGCUGCUAAUUCAACACGCAUUUACUUUGAACAUCAUUUGGUACGUUUUAAAUAAUUUUCCCUGGACUUUAUCAACUUUUUUACUAUUAUAAAAUUUUUUGCUAGUAGUUCAAUUUCCCGGGCCGGCCCGUUUAAAAUUUUCUUUGGCUUGUGCCGGGAGUCAUGUCUAGUAAGAUACGACCUUUACUUUUAUUCCGCUUUAGAAAGUUUAUUUGUCUCCACCAGACUUUACUCUACGAUUAAAUUAAGUCAUAUUGAUUUGGAUGGAAAGGCUUCGAUGGUUGAUGUGUCUGAGAAAAAGUCGACUUUUAGAACGGCGAGGGCUUCGGGGAAGGUUGUCGUAAGUGUAAUGUCAUCAUUUAUUGUUAUUUUGUAAAGGUCACUACUGAAAUAAUGGAAGAGAUCAAAGCGAAUAGGAUGAAGAAGGGGGAUGUUCUGGCCACAGCUAGAAUUGCUGGUAUAAUGGGAGCCAAGAAGACCCCCGAUCUCAUUCCUUUAUGUCAUCAGCUGAAUCUGACCAAUAUUAAGAUCGAUUUCGAUCUCAGAGAGGUAAUCUAUUUUGCCGCGCAUAAUAUGAAUUUCUAGAAUACAAUUGUCAUCACCUCUGAAUGUCGCUGCAAAGGAGAGACUGGAGUUGAAAUGGAGGCCUUGACUGCAGUUUCCAUCGCCGCCCUUACUGUUUAUGACAUGUGUAAAGCCCUCGGGUACGACAUCCUUAUAUCGGAUAUCAAAUUGAUCUCAAAAACUGGUGGAAAAUCGGAUCUCAAUCUCCAAAUCUAA